CGCUCUCCGCUCAACUUUUCGCAGCAAUUCAAACUGAAAGUAACGCCGAGCCAAGACUUAGUGCGCUUCGCCAGGAAUCAAUCCGGGUAUUUUUUUCAGAAAGUGUCAAAUCAAAAUCCUAGUGUAUACCAAUAUAUAUAUACGAUAGUAUAUAUAUAUAUAUAAACCCACCCAGAUCCAGCUUCCUGUUUUUUUAAACUCCAAAACCAACGCCAAAAAAACCAAAUUUAAGAUGGCCGCCCCAGCUGCACCAGCCCUUAAGGACCUUCCCAAGGUGGCCGAGAACCUGAAGAGCCAGUUGGAGGGCUUCAAUACGGAGAAACUGAAGAAUGCCAGCACCCAGGAGAAGAUCAUUCUGCCCACCGCUGAAGAUGUGGCUGCCGAGAAGACCCAAAAGUCGAUCUUUGAGGGAAUCACGGCGUUCGAUCAGAACAACUUGAAGCACACGGAGACCAACGAGAAGAACCCGUUGCCCGAUAAGGAAGCCAUCGAGCAGGAGAAGGAGAAGAAUGAGUUCAUCGCCGGCAUCGAGAACUUUGAUGCGAAAAAGCUAAAGCACACCGAGACAAACGAGAAGAACGUGCUGCCCACCAAGGAGGUCAUCGAGGCCGAGAAGCAGGCUUAGAUCCGAUCCAUAUCCAGAUCCGAUCCGAUCCUUCCCGUCGUCGUCAUCGUUUAUAUUUCUCGUCUCGCCGCAUCUCUCACACUCUCUUACCACACGCUCUUUAUACGUAUAAAAUAUAUAUAUUCCUUGAUUUUUAACCCUCAAAAACUGCUAAAAUGCAUGAACCACCAUUCUGAAGUCAAAAGUCGGAAGUCGGAACGAGGAGUAUAACCCAGCCAGCUGGCGCACACUAGUGACGAAGUCGUGAUUUUGUGAUUGCUGCUGUUGCUCGGCACCUCGUCGCUUGCAAAAGUAUUUUUAUAUUUUAAUCGUAUUUCGUUUGUUUUAAAAAAG